AUGUCUGGAGGGAUGUCUGUGUCGUGCGAAGUGUCGGACGCAGUGGUGAUGUCUUCGGCGAUGGAUGCGUUGAGAGAUGAGAAUAAACGACUGAAAAACUUUUAUUUCGUUAUCGAAAGCCUCGAAAUGCAAUACAAAACACUCCUCAGACAAGACAUGCAAUUCACGUAUCAAUUGAUCCAAAACCACACCAAAACACUAACGCCUCAACCCUUCGCCACCACUUCCGCCGCCAAAGACACGAAAGCCAUGCAAUUGGACGACACGUCCAAUGAGGACACCAGUGAUCAGACAUCGGAUGACGAGGACAUCGGUUGUGAUAAACAAAACAAUACUCGGAAUGAGUUGAACGCCAAACAGACGAGACAUUCGGCGAACGCAUCGGUAUAUCAGCUGAAGAAUGGCAUCAAAGAGACGGACGGAUCGGACAAAUCGGGUGCCAAUCGACUGAAGUUCAUGUGCUCUUGGAUUGGAUGCGAUCUCCGGUUUCGCGACAAUUACGCCCUUAAGGCACACAUACGGCUCCGACACACGAAUGAGCGGCCAUUCGCGUGCACCGAUUGUCACAAGAGUUUUGCCGACAAAAAACACCUCAAAGAGCACCAGAAGAUCCACAGCACCGGCGGUCAGAUGUUUCGCUGCGAGUUCACGGACUGUCACUACGAGACCAGACGGGAGGCCAACCUCAAGGAACACGUGUUGCGCCACAAGAAUAUCCGGAACUACAAGUGCGACGAAAGCGGUUGCGACAAGAGUUUUGUCACCAAUUAUGAGCUCAAAGUGCAUAAGAGUCACGUCCACAGCGAGGACCGGCCGUUCACAUGCGAUUGGCCCGGAUGUGAGGCCACCUAUAAGAGCAAACAGCGCUUGGAUGACCACAAACUGUCCCAUUUGGGGGUCCGGCAGUUCGCGUGCGACUUCCACGGCUGCGCCAAGAACUUCAUCACCAAAAAGAAGUUGACUCAACACCGCAACGAACACAUUAAGCCCUACGCCUGCAGUUGGCCCGACGUCCCUUCCGGUCACCACUACCUGAGCCCCAUAUCGGGCGAACUCGACGGCGGCUACGGCUCCGAUACCACCGCUGGAACCGGUGAUCAGCACUACUUUCCCAUUGAAAUCUUUUGA